GUACUCACACGCCGCUUGGUCCACAGUUGACGAAGUUGUAGAUUCCGAUGAUUUGAUCUGUGAAACUCGGAGUCUCAUUCUGUCCGAUUUCGAGAUUCUGAUUUUCCUGGAAAACCCCAUCCGAAGAAAAUGCACGAUUUCUGCUUCACGAUUCCGUAUGGGUUGAUAUUGGUGGUUGGAGGACUUUUUGGAUAUCUCAGGAAGGGAAGCAUUGCUUCUCUGGGUGGAGGCGUCGGCUCUGGUUUGUUGCUCAUCAUUGCGGGCUAUCUGAGUCUCAAAGCCUUUGAAAAGAGAAAGAACUCGUACCUUGCUUUGAUUCUUGAGACGGUUUGCGCAGCCAUACUCACUUGGAUUAUGGGGCAGCGUUACCUGCAAACAUCGAAGUUCAUGCCUUCUGGUCUUGUUGCAGGGAUAAGUGCUCUCAUGAGGGUUUAUCUGUUCAAACUUGCGACUGGUGGCAAUCACCUUCCUGCCAAGGCUGAAUAACCCCUAUCUAUUCUUUCCGUGACUGUUGUGUACACAUGUAUGAUGAUCUACGUGCCUUUCUUUGUUUAUUGAUCUAUAGAAUAUAAUUUACAUUCUUGUUGGUAUCAGUGUGGAACUUGAGAUGGUUGUGCUCUACUUGUCUUUACACUUAUAAAAGAACUUGGUACUGAUGUUCAUUCA